AUGAAGACUAUCGUGAUUAGUAUAGCCAUCUUUGUUAUUGCUCUUCUAACACCAUCAACAGCUCAAGUUGAGAUUCCAAAAUGUAUUCAAAACAUGAUUGACUCAAUGCAUGCCACACCUAGAUGGAGUCCCUACACGAGCAUCGACAGUUAUGUAUAUCGUGGGAAAUUGACUUAUCUGGCUGCAAGUAGCUGUUGUGAUCGAAUGAAUCCUCUUUUUGACGGCGAAUGCAAUCGUAUUUGUGCUCCGUCGGGUGGUUUUAUUGGUAUUGGUGAUGGAAAAUGCAAGGACUUCGGCGAGACGGCAAAAUUGUUGGGAAAUAUAUGGGUUGCUCCACGUGGUAAAUAA